AUCCUGCAACUAUUUGCUCGUUUGUCGGCAUUUUUCCUUUCCCAGGCUGAGCUGGCUCUUUCUUGUUGGGCGCUGCCAUUACCAUGUGUCUCACAAAGUCUCGCGAGAACUCACAGACAUGGCGGAAAAAUCAAAACAUUGCACUUCAGUUCCACACAACUAACUUCAAACUUGAACUAAUUCUAAUGCUGAAAAUAAACGUGGACAUAUAACUUUGGUAGAUGUAGUUGUACGAUUUCGAAAUAUAUUCCUGUACUAAUGCGAUGAGCGAAGGCUACGUGCCGCACCUCUCCUCCCCACCGACCAGAGACCGGUCAUCAAGCCAAACAACGCUGCUAGACUCCGAACUCUCACUCACAUCGAGCAGCGGCGGGAAUGACGACGGCUCAUCGUCCACCACGAUGCGAGAAUUUAUUCAUCGAUUCAAGCAUGGGUCGCCACAGCCCAAAACGAUGAGAAAAAAGCUACCUACACUGUGGUGGAUGGCUGACCACAAAGGAGAAGAGUUUACUCAUGAUGAGCACAAGGCUUGGUCCCCUGCAUCAGCGGAUGAUGCGGUAACGAAGAUGCUUAAUGAAAGGACUGAACAGCUGUUGCAGGAAGGCUCAAAAGUAUUACUCAAUAUGUCAACUCUGCAGUCCUGUGAAAGCCAGACUGAUGUGGAACCUGUCUUUGGAGGAGGACGAGGAAGAGAAGGAGGAGUAGGAGGAGGAAGAGAAGGAGUAGCACGGACACCCGACGAAAUAGAACAGCUACGGCACAAGUUGUACGGAUCAGAACGGAAUCGGGUCAAUGUUGAGGAUGACAUCUUGUAUCAGUGGAGACUUCGCAGAAAGAUGGGUGAAGCCAGACAGAUCGCUGAGCAAGAGUUUGAAAAGAUGAAGACGCAAGCAGGCGGACAAGAAAAUGUCGUGGUAUCAACACACACUGUUGUACCCACGCCAACCGCUCUGACACUACAAGAAAAUGUCAACCCUCACAUCAGAUACACCUCUGUACCGGCUCCCGAUGCUAAUCGUGGUUCCGUCUCCAUGUGUCAGGACUCCGGCACGACACAACCCCACAGCGGAGAACGGAACACUCUGCCUCGCCGCGACGCAUCGCCAGGCACGAUGAAUCGUGGGACGUGCGCCUGCUGCAACUCGCUCGAAGACGUCGACGAGAAGUCAUCGUCGUGCUGCCGUCGCAGGACUGCUUGUUGUCGUGGCAGAAUCUUACACUGUUGUCGUCGCGGCGACGUUUCUUCGGUGCCAGAGCAGCGAAGUACGGAUCGCGGCACGUCGCACAACGCCGGGGGCGAAAACUUGCGGCCACCAGAUCCUGAUAGAAGCGUUUCGCCAGACAACAUUUCGCCGGACGCGCACCGUACGCAAGGCUGCGUGGAUUCAUCUGAAACCCUACAGGCGUGCGUGCGACUGCUCCUACAGAGCGUAUCGAAGCGGAGUUAUGAAGGCGAGGGUAUGCAGGAUGUGCGUCUUGCUCACAACAGAGCGGAGAGCGCAGAAGCGACCACGGAUACCUCACCGCUCGUUUCCCGUACGGACAAUGAAACGGCGUUGUCGGUGCCACCUACGCCGGCGACUGCCUUGAAACGGCGGGUUGUGAGCAAAGUGAAUGAGACCGUCUCGCAGGUCGUCAGUGACCGGCUGUUUGAAGACGAUUUAGUUUCAACCGAUCCUAGUCCCAGAAAGAGUGAAGUGACAUCUGCUGCAGACUCCUGGACGUCGCUCGUUGAUGAUGACGAAGAGGAAUUCAAAUCAGAUGAGUUGUUGGAUGCAUUACUGAAGCUGAGAGACCAAUACAAUGCAAAGCUGAGGGAAAUUGACCAACUUUUGUCACUGCCUUCCAGUGACUAAUAAAACAAUCACUGUGGAUGUCUGUGCUGAAACAUUUAACCCUGACAUUGGCCAG